AUGUAAAAGACAAGUUUAUUAAAUUUCUUACACAAUGGAUCUAAUUAUUAUCCUUUUGGAGAUAAACCUGAAAAAUUCUAUUCAACUGAAGGGAAAUUUGUACCAUUUAUAUUUGAAAGGAAUUAACUAGGAAGAUUAGCAAAUACUGAAAUUUAUCCGAUGAAUUCAAAUUAAAAGAGUGUCAAACAUAGAACCAGUGAAUAAGUUAACUCUUUAUUAGCAGAUUCAAUAAUUAAAUCAAAAUUAAAUACAGAAUUAGACACACCAAAAUAUGAUCCAAUUACAAAGUACGUGACAUUAAUACCAACAAACUAGAAGAAUGAUGAAUUACAUAAAACAAUAGAUGUUAAAUCUUAUACUUUAAAUCAUACAUCAGUUGAAAGGGGCUAAUAAAUGAGAAAACAAUAAAAAGGAUUAAAUCAUAAACAUUAAUUAAUAAGUAGAAGUACAAAGACACUAACAUCACAAAUACCUGCAAUAGGAAUUUAUGAUCCCAAUCCAUUAAAUAGACAUUUACCAAACAUUUAAAUUAAAUCAAAAUCUAUUCAAAAAUUACCCGAAGUUUGGGAACGUACAACUUAAGUUACAACUCCUAAAAUCAAUAUUAAAAAUAGUGAAUCAGAAAUGAUGUUUGCUAAAUAAAUUGCUUAAAUAAACAGAGAAGUUGACUCAUAAAUGAAAAGAAAUCCUAAUUAAAAAUUUUCUACACAAUAAUUUGAUGUAAACGAAAACAUGAAUUUAGAAGAAGCUGAACAAAUGAGAAAUAGAAUGAAACAAUAUUUCCAAAGUGUUAAAGAUAGUCUAACUAAAAUCAAGAACCUUAUUAAUGUUAAACGCUGA